AUGGACGCCUUCACCGAUUCGGGAGAAUUGUACUCCAUACGCAAUGAAUUUUACACCAACCAGCAUAAUCGAGUGAAGAACUACUUGCUUGACUCUUUCUCAGCUGAAAACCAGCUCAAAGUUCUCGAGUUCCAAAUAAGACUGACGAUUGCCCUUGGAGAAGAUGCCAGCCAAUUGAUUUCAUCAGGUAAAUCAAGAUUUCCUGAUAAUGAUGGGUUCUUCCAAUUGUUGGAAGCCUACAACGACUUGUCUUCUUUUGGUACUGACAGUCUGACGUAUUUUGAUGACGUGAAGGAAGCACUGUUCGAGUUGGAAGCGGUACUCACUGCACUUUAUUUGGUCAAAUAUGAAAAAGACUUUGAACAGGCGACAAAAAUAUUGAACGGUUAUAUCGCCAAGGGAACUCCCGAAUUCGAGCCUUAUCUUUUGCUAGUGCAGUUGCAUCUUGUGCAAAUUGAUCUAGUUGCGGCCAACAAAACAUUCAAUGAGCUCAAAAAGUUCAACAUGAGUGACGACAUUGUCUACUCCGUUAUUGAAUCGUGGAUCAACGCGUUACGAGGAGAGUCCGAGAACAUCAAUAAUUCGUUUUACUUUUACGAUGAAUUGUUAUCGACGGAUUUUGAGGAUGACAAUCAACUGAAGUUCAGAAUUCUCAAUGUGUUAUUUGUUCUUACUUUGCAGUUGCAACACUAUCCAGAAGCUACGGAGUUGUUGUCUCAAAUUGAGUCCAUUCACCCUGAGGUGACGGGCGAUUUUGUCGCCAACCAAAUUGCUUAUGAUUACCUAGUGAACUUUGGAUCGAAUGUACCUGAUUUGUUGACUAAAUUGCGUCAGGUCCAAGAAGGUCAUCGUAGGUUGACGGACCUCGAGGAGAAGAGCAAAUUGUUUGAUGAUAUAGCAGUGAAAUACGCUUAA